AAAUUGUCUCUAUUGCCCCCGCCCAUCUCCCGUAGCCCCACAUCCCGCACACAUUCUGUCUCGCUCUUGGGUUUGAAUGAUGUUCUCCAGUAGCCAGUUCGACGCCGUAUCUGCCUUUCCCGGCGGCGGAUCCAUGCUCUCUCAGCAAUCUCAGCCGACUGAUUCGCCGUUCUCGUCGGCAAAAAGUCGCGAAACUCAGGGCUUGGUUCCAGUGACAGUGAAGCAAAUUAGUGAAGCUUCUCAGUAUGGUGAUGAAAAAUCAAAUUUUGUGAUCAACGGUGUGGACGUUGCAAAUGUCACGGUGGUUGGGAUGGUGUUUGAUAAAGCUGGAAGGAACACGGAUAUUGGUUUCAGUGUUGACGAUGGAACAGGACGGAUUGGAUGUAGAAGAUGGAUGAAUGAGAAUUUUGACACAAUAGAAAUGGAGGAAAUACUAGAUGGAAUGUAUGUUCGUGUUAAUGGACACUUGAAAAGCUUUAAAGGCGUUAAGCAAUUAGUUGCUUUCUCUGUCAGGCCUGUAACAAACUUCGAUGAGGUUACCUUCCAUUUUAUUGACUGCAUCCAUAACUACUUGCAGUCCAGAUCACAGCUGGAAGGAGUUACCCCAACCCAGAUGCAGCCAGUGGACACGUCUCUCAGUCCUUCAGUGAAGAGUGCAUCAAGUGAAUAUCUGACAGCCCCAUCCAGUCAAUUCUCUGGGCCAUCCAGCAUUGAUGGGGGGGUCAAGAGCUGUGAUCAAUUGGUCCUUGACUAUUUGCAGCAACCUGCAAGCAUUGGACAGGAAAAGGGGGUACAUAGGGAUGAACUUUCACGGCAGCUAAAAAUUCCUGUGGAGAAGAUCAUGGAAUCUAUUAGGUCUCUUGAAGAGGAGGGUUUGAUAUACUCCACCAUCGACGAGUUUCACUACAAGUCAACUCAGUGACGUGGAUACUCUUGCUAGGGUGUGCUUACAAUGCUAAGACUAGUCUUUAUGUUAUGAGUAGUGAGUGAUACACAAUACUCUUCACAAUAUUUUUCAGAACACAUGACAUAAAAUGAGGGCAUUUUUGUAAAGUGGUGUUAUUUUAUAUGAUAUUUUACCAUAAUACCCCUCAUUUUAAAAUUUGUGAAGUAUAUUAUGAAAAGUAUUGUGUUUUUUAUUUUUCUUAUGUUAUUAGGGUCUGGUACUGGUCCUUGUGUGUCUUGACUUUUUUAUAUAAUGACAAUGCUACAUCCACGGCAAAGUUAAAGGCUUGGGACCAA